UUUCAGUGCGCCCUACCGGCUUCUGUAGCUGCGUCAGUUCCUCCUUAAACAGGAAGUGUGAGGUGGCUGGUCAACGCUUACAAAAUGUCUGCGAUAUUUAAUUUCCAGAGCUUACUCACAGUCAUCUUGUUGCUUAUCUGCACCUGUGCCUACAUAAGAGCUCUGGCACCAAGUCUGCUUGACAAGAACAAAACAGGGUUUCUUGGGAUAUUCUGGAAAUGUGCAAGAAUAGGUGAAAGAAAAAGUCCUUAUGUGGCUGUUUGCUGUAUCAUCAUGGCUUUCACCAUUUUAUUUUCGGAGUAGCUGCAGCCUAAAUAAAUGUUCGAAUAGACGUCUCCACACCAACACAUUUAUAACUUCUUAUUUUUUUUAGAUUGCCUGUUCUGUUUACCACAGUAUUUAAGUAUCUUGUCCUAAAAUGCUUGUUUUCCCGCCUCUAUAAUCUUUUUUUAAAUCAAUAUUAAUUAAUGUGUGUUCUUGCUAAUAAAAAAUGUGUGGGAUUUUAGGAAAAAGAUGAUGUAACUCGCUUUGCAGUCAUUCUGGUCCAAGUCAAGUCUUGAGUCUUUUAGCUUGAGGCUUUAAUUCAAGUCUGUACUUAACAGAAUUUACAUGAGGGUAUAUGGGGGAUUUUAAGUGUGUAGAAAUUAUAACAAACAGUAUUGAUUGCAGAAAAGUAAAGAAAACAAUAGAUCAACAGUUUUGUGCAUUUGUUGUUUUUUUUUAAAUACAUUUUUAUUUAUUUCCCCUAUAUAAACAGAAAGACUUUAAAGCCAUGAGACAUAAAAAUAUUUUGUUUGGAUCUACACAUUUUUUUUACACACAAAGAAACAUUAAGGUCCAACAAGACAAUCCCUCUGUGGUUCUGACUUGAUUUUCUUUGCAAUUU